UUCCCUCCCUGUUGGUGGAGCUGCCCAUGACAGUGAGGAAGUAGCUCUGCACUUCACCGGUCAUGACUGUGGCCGUGAACGUCCCGACUCCUCACUGUAAAUAAGACACGGAUCCGCGCUGCGCCAGUUGCGCAAGGAUGGCAGAGUCGGUGGAGGACACGCUGCCCGACGAGGAGAGGGAGUUCCAGAAGACCGUGGCUCUGAUCGGAGGAAAGGAGCGGAUUUACUUGGUCUGUGAUGUUCGUGAAAUUAAAGAGGAAGACGUGGAGGACGCCGGGAUCCUGCAGGAGUUCCUACGUGACAUGUUUCACGGCAGCAGCCAUGUGAAAAGCAACGGGCAGCCCCACUCCUCCUCCCCAGACAACCCAGAAGACACUGCGAGCGAGAACCACAUAUACAGCAAGACAGAGGCAGCUACGUGUAGUAAUGAAAUCCCUCUGGCAGAGAGGCCCAAGGAUUUGGAUGUAGGAGCUUGUCCGGUGGCACAGACGAGCUCCGGCGACAGCAAGGCGCGGUCCGCUCAGAGGACAGCGACGCGCAGGGCCGACAUUUCCAGCGUGAAGCGAGCGAUAGACUCAUCCAUCAUCAUCUUCAUCUUCAGAGAGACGUUUGUCGCCACAGACUCCAGCGAGCUGUGCGUAAAGGAGAUCCUGAAGGACGUCAGGGCGCGCACGAAGCGUGCCAGGAUCCCGCGGCCGGCUCUCAUUGGAUUAAUCCACGCCAGACAGGAGAGCGCCGAGACCCGCCGGUGCGCGCAGCUCCUGGAGAGUCUGAUCCGCUCAGUGUUCCACAAACAUCCUCCGGAGACGAUAUGGAGCGACUGUUUCAUCCCGAACCGAGAGACCAACAUGCUCAGCAUCAAGAGAAACACCUGCAGAGUGCUACACUCGUCCCAAACAGCAGAUAAUACCAGGAAUAGAGGGAACCCGCUUCUCUGGCCAUUCCAAUGUUUGUUCUGGCAUCGGAGAAGAGGAGGCGGCGGUCAGACCAACAACUCUACGAACAGCAGGCAAAGAGGUGAUAGUCUAGAAGAAGGAAUCCCUCUGCAAAAAAACAAUUUUGUGACUGUUGGGCGUCAUGUGGACGGAGAACCACCUGGAGGUGAAAGCUGAUGUCCGGACACGUGACCUUAUGGCUGCAGGCCUAUCGCUAUGGACAAUCCUGGUUUUACUGUGAAGUUGGCCUCAUGAUGCUGCAGCGCCUUAAAACAGGGAUUUCCUUAUGGUGCUCAAAAUUCCCAAUGCUGAGCCAACGUGAUUCCUGAAGCAGUAUUUUGUUAAACAGUCUAAUCUGUUGCCGUCUUGCUGAUUGUUAUUUAUGUAAAGAGCAGUAGAAGCUGAAACACAUUAACGUACGUUUUUUGGGGGGCAGAGACCUUCAGAUAGAGAUCUGUACGUUAGCUUAUUACAUUCUGUGACUGCACAAUAGUGGAAGUAGACAUUUUACAGCACAUUUACAACUUUAACAUGAUGCACAGUCGAAACACAGAACAAGACUAACAACUGGGCAAUGAGGGCCACUGCUCCACGGGACCCCCAAACUUCAGGCGUACCGUUUAUCAACUGGUCUGUGCUAUAGUUGAAUUUUUUUUAUUUGUGCUCAUUAUCAUUUAUUUUGGAAAAUACCCGAUUAAAUCACAGUGUCAGCUGACAUGAUAGAGGUCUUUAUUAGUGUAGCUGACUGAAGCUCUAUCUUUUAAAGCGGGCCUGUGUCAAAAUCUACUAUUUCCACAUCCUUCCAAUAUGUUAAUUUUAGAUACAUGAAUUGAGCAUUUUAUUAGGAACACACCUGGUUAUUAAUGCAAUUUAUACACUAAUCCAAUCAUGUGGCAGCAGUUUAGUGGAUAAGAUCGUGUUCAUGUAAUGGAGACCUUACCAGUAUUAGUGUGAUGCUCCUUAUGCAGUGCUGACUGAAUGUGUUAAUUUGGCAUAUUUUCUGUUGUGUUAAAUUAUUGCACAUCUAACCUGGAGCUCGAUCAAGUGAAGAAAAACUGUAAAACUGCACAGAGAACAGGAAUAACUGUGAAAAGGGGCCCAACUUUUCUUAUUUUGACUGACCCUGGGAUUCUGUUUUCAGGAUUUGUGCCUUUACACGACUGCUAGUAUCAAUAGCCUUAUCUAUAACAGAAACUGCAUAGUCUGCUUUUCACUUUUUUAUGUAUUAAUGUAGGCUACAAACUGCCAGCGGUCUGUACAGUAAUAUAAAUAAAACCAUCCGGUGUAUCUCUUGAUAAGAAGAA